GCAGGCAGUGCACAUCUGUUGGCCAUGGGGUGCAGAACUGUGUGCCUCGUCCUCCUGGCCCUUCUGGCUGGAACCUACGCACAACCAUGUAUGCUCAUUACUCCCAAUGUUCUACGCUUGGAGAGUGAAGAGACCAUAGUGUUGGAUGGGCAGACCCGGACAUUUGAAGCUGAUGUGGAGAUUCAGGACUUCCCCCAGAGAAAGUUAAGUUUGGCCAAGCAAAAAGUCUCCCUUAACAGCGACAACAAAUAUCUUGGCACAACAGUAGUGAAGAUUCCCUCUAAGGACCUACUGAAGGACCGUAAUGUAAAACAAUAUGUUUAUGUUACAGUAAGGUCUCAAGUAUGUAAUCUAGAGAAAGUUGUUCUGCUUGGACACCAGAGCGGAUAUGUCUUUCUACAGACAGACAAAACCAUCUAUACUCCAGGAUCUACAGUUCUCUACCGCAUCUUUUUGAUGAAUUAUAAAAUGUCCCCAAUAAACAAAGCUGUCAUUUUGGAAUUUUUGACUCCUGAAAACCUUAUUGUUAAGAGGGACACCGUCAAACAGGAGUCAUUAUCAGGCAUCCUCUCCCUGUCUUUUAAACUGCCUGAACUUGUAAGUGUGGGGACAUGGACCAUAGCAGCAAAAUUCGAAGACUCUCCUCAACAGAACUAUACCACACAAUUCGAAGUGAAGGAGUAUGUAUUGCCAACAUUUGAGAUCAAACUAAUUCCAGACCAAAGAUUCUUUUACAUUGAUGAUCAAGAAUUUGUUGUAGAUAUAAAAGCAAGGUUCCUUUAUGGAAAAGAGGUGCAAGGUUCGGCAUUUGUAUUGUUUGGAGUCGAGCAGGAUGGGGUAAAGACAAGCUUUCCGAAUACCCUUAGGAGGAUUCAGAUCGAAAAUGGAGAUGGUGUGGCUACCUUAGAAAGAAAGGAUUUUGUGAAGAACUUUAAGAAUGUUGAGGAUAUGCUGCAGUACAGCCUGUAUAUGUCUGUCACGAUGGUCACUGACUCAGGCAGCGAAAUGGUGGAAGCUGAGUUAGAAAAGAUUCAUAUUGUGAAAUCUCCCUAUAAAGUUCUUUUCACUAAAACUUCCAAGUAUUUUAAGCCUGGAAUGCCCUUUGACCUUACGGUGUUUGUCACAAACCCUGAUGGUUCUCCAGCUAACCGAAUUAGGGUGGUGGGUCAACCUGGAAAUGUUGAAGGUUUGACUGGAUCCGAGGGAACAUCAAGACUGACGUUGAAUACCGCUGCUAAUAUCAACCGCCUGCCAAUAACUGUGACAACGGCUCAGGGUUUGGGAGCAGAGAGAGAAGCCUCUGCAACAAUGACAGCCAUUGCCUACAACUCAAACGGCAAUUACCUACAUAUUGGUAUCACCACUUCCGAAGUUAAACCUGGAGAUAACCUUAAUGUGAACUUCAACAUCCGCAACACCAAUGCUAAUGUUCAAAACCAAAUCCAGCACUUCACCUACGUGAUCAUGAACAAGGGCAGGGUGUUGAAAGCAGACAGACAACAACGGCUGGCUGGACAGGCCCUGGUGUCCAUGUCCCUCCCGAUCACAGUGGAUUUCAUACCAUCGUUCCGCCUGAUUGCUUAUUAUGUUGUAGGAAAUGAAAUUGUGUCUGACUCCAUUUGGGUGGACGUGGCAGAUACCUGCAUGGGAACGUUGGAGGUAACGGGUAACACAGAUCGAGACAACAAAGUUCAAAGUCCUGGUUCGGCCAUGAAGCUAAGGAUGAAGGGAGAUCACAAGUCCUACGUGGGAUUGGUAGCUGUGGACAAAGGUGUCUUUGUAUUGAACAGCAAGUACAAGAUAUCCCAGAGCAAGGUGUGGAAUUUGGUGGAGAAGGCAGAUCUUGGAUGUACACCUGGAUGCGGGGCUGACAACAUGGGGGUGUUUUUUGAUGCUGGCUUGACUUUUCAAUCCAGUACAAAGACUACCACUGUGCAGAGAUCAGAACUUCUGUGUGAAGCUCCUUUAAAACGGAAACGACGUUCCACAGCCCAGCUGAUUGAACUGCAGAACAGUUAUGCCUCCAAGUAUGAAGGGCCGAUAAGACAAUGCUGCAAAGAUGGCAUGAGGGAGAACCCCAUGGGUCACAGCUGUGAGAUCAGAGCCACCCAUAUUACAGAGGAAAAGCCGUGUGUGGAUGCCUUCCUGGACUGCUGUACCUACAUUGAGAAGAGGAAGGCAGAAGAAAAGUAUCAGAAAGAUGUUGAUGUUUUGGGAAGAAGUGAUGAUGAUGAUGACUACAUCCCAGACAUUGAUAUUGUGUCCAGAAGUGAAUUUCCCGAAUGCUGGCUUUGGAAGAUAGAGACAAUGUCUGAAAGACCGGAUAAGGAUGGAAUUUCAACCAAGGUGCUCAAUAUAUUCUUGAAAGAUUCCAUCACCACCUGGGAGGUCCUUGCAGUUAGUCUUUCUGAAAAUAAAGGUCUUUGUAUUGCUAAACCAUAUGAGAUCCAGGUAAUGAAAGACUUUUUCAUUGACCUCAAGCUGCCUUAUUCUGUGGUGAGGAAUGAACAGGUGGAGAUCCGUGCCAUUCUCUACAAUUAUGGAAAUUCCAAAAUCAAGGUGAAAGUGGAAUUUACUCACAACCCAGAAUUCUGCAGUCUGUCUACAUCCAAAGCGAAAUACCGCAGAGACGUUCAUAUUGAACCCCAUUCUUCCUUUGCUGUUCCUUUUAUCAUCGUACCACUUUCUCUGGGUCUGCAUGACAUAGAAGUGAAAGCUGCAGUCUUUCAACAAUUUUUGUCUGAUGGUGUCAAGAAAAAGCUAAAGGUUGUGCCAGAAGGAGUUCGUCUUGCAAAAAAUAUCAAGACUGUGACUCUGGAACCACAAGUGAAAGGGCAAGAUGGGGUCCAGAAGGAAUUGAUUGAUCCAUUAAAUGAGAAAAAAUAUUGUGCCUCGUACAGAAAUUGACACCAUUGUAACAGUUCAAGGGACUCCAAUUACUCAGAUGGUGGAAGAAUCCAUAGAUGGUUCCAAUCUCAAUCCAUUAAUUGUUGUGCCACGUGGUUGUGGAGAGCAGAACAUGAUUACCAUGACGCCUAGUGUGAUUGCUACAAUCUACCUGGAUGCUACUCGCCAAUGGGAGAGAAUAGGUGUUAAUCGAAGAGAGGAAGCCCUCACCAACAUCAAAGCGGGUUAUGUGCAACAACUUGUUUACCGCAAAGCAGAUAGUUCCUACGCAGCUUUCAAGGACAGGACAGCCAGCACAUGGCUGACAGCAUAUGUAGCCAAAGUUUUUGCCCUGGCCCGUCCCUUGAUGGACAUCGAAGUUAAUGUCCUGUGUGGUGCCAUCAAGUGGCUAAUCCUGGAGAAACAAAAACCAGAUGGAUUGUUCAAAGAAGAUGCUCCAGUAAUCCAUCAAGAGAUGAUAGGUGGAUUUAAAGGAUCCAAAGAACCAGAUGUUGCUCUCACAGCCUUUGUCCUGAUCGCAAUGUUGGAGAGUGAAGAGGCCUGUAAUGCACAUGUAAAUAACUUAGAGCUUAGUAUUGAAAAGGCAGUUAGUUUCCUGACGGGCCUGUAUCCAAAUCUGGAAAAACCAUACUCAGUUGCAAUUGCCUCAUACGCCCUUGCAAAGGCUGGAUCCAUCAAAAAUUCUGAAAAAUUGAUGUCGGUGGCAAAAGAUAACAGCUAUUGGGAAGAACCAGGAUCUCGAUUCAUUACUCUGGAGGGUACAUCUUACGCUCUGCUUGCUCUACUGCAAAUGAAAGACUAUGACCGCACAGGAGAUCUUGUACGCUGGUUGACUACAAACAAAGAUACUAUGGAGCGGUGUAUGGAUCUACACAAGCCACCAUCGUUAUGUUCCAAGCUUUGGCCCAGUACCAGAUAGAAUUGCCAAAUGCCGUCAUUUUAGACAUGGAUGUGUCCAUACAUCUUCCUGAAAGACAACAACCCUUAAUGUACCGCAUUAAUAUUGAUAACGCAAUGCUUGCGCGCUCUGCUGAGACCCGACUAAACAAAAAGUUUGAGGUGACCGCAAAAGGCAAAGGACAAGGAACACUGACGGUCAUGUCAGUGUAUCAUGCCAUUGUGACAGAGAAAGAACGACAAUGCAAAAACUUUGAUUUGACAGUCAAGGUUAAAGAGGAAGAAAAUGUUCGGAGACCAGACGGGGCUAUUUCAACUAUUUCACUGGAGGUCUGUGCAAGGUUUUUGAAAGACCGGGAUGCCACCAUGUCUAUUAUUGACAUUUCUAUGAUGACUGGGUUUUCUCCAGACGUUGAAAGCCUUAGUAAGCUGUCUAGAGGUGUGGACAAAUAUAUCACCAAAUUUGAGAUUAACAAGGGAUCAGAAGAAAAGGGUACACUUCUGUUGUACCUGGAAAAGAUUUCUCAUAAGCGGGAGGAAUGUGUGUGAAAUUCUAUGCCCAUCAGAUCUUUGAAGUGGGUCUUGUCCAGCCAGCUUCUGUCACGGUGUAUGACUAUUAUUCCCCAGAAAGUCGUUGCACAAAAUUCUACCAUUUUGAAGAAGGCAGUAAACUACUGGGCAGGAUCUGCCAGGCAGAUGUGUGCCGUUGUGCUGAAGCAAACUGUUUCUUGCAGCAACAACUUGAAGGUGAAAUUGAUGCACAGGGUAGGAUGGAGAGAGCUUGUGGAAAAGGAGUGGACUAUGUAUACAGGGCACGAAUGGAUGAUGUUGAACCAAAUGACAACUACGACAAUUACGUGAUGACCAUAGUCAAGGUCAUCAAGCUAGGUACAGAUGAGAAUGUUGAGGGUAAACAACGAAACUUUGUCAGCCACAUUAAGUGCCGUAAAUCCUUGGAUUUGAAGAAAGGACGGGAGUACCUGAUCUGGGGAGUCAGAGGGGAUCUUUGGGAACAACCAAACGGAUACUCCUACAUCAUCGGGAAAGACACUUGGAUCGAGUGGUGGCCAAACAACAGAGAAUGCCAGGAUCCGGAGAAUGAGGACAUAUGUGAUGCCUUCUUCAUACUGUCUGAUAAUCUGGAGCUUAAUGGCUGUCCAUCAUAA